AUGGAUAGUGAGAAGCACGUACAUAUAUCUUCUCCGAAAGGACCGGAAGAUGCUUCGAAUAUAGCCGACGAAUACCCUUCACCGGAACGAACUCACGCGACGUUAAAUGAACAUAUACCGGCUGACGAACCAUCAGUUCACCAGCAAGAGCAGGAAUCAUCAGCUCAAGAUGCAGAGAAUCAACAACAACAACAGCAGGAGCAGGAGCAGCAGGGAAAUGAUCAUCACGAAGAUACAGAUAUGCAAACCGAGUUGGUUAAUCAAGUAGCAGCUCAAGCCCUCGAAGCCGCUGUUGCAGCGGAAGCACGAGCCAAUUCUUCGACCCGAACUCAAGACCAAAAUCAAAGUCAGGAUGUGGAUAUGAAUAUCCAAAACCAGCAUCAACAGUCUCAGAUAAAUGGGAUUGGUGAAGAUCAAAUAAGACAACCGCAACAACAUCAUCCCAGACAACCUACAUUCCCUAAAUCACGAUUAUCUUCUGUCUCUACCUCAUCUCCUCAAUACACUCAUGGUCUACCGAUAUCAAGAAGCAGCAAACAGAAAAGUAUUACGCCGAAAUUGACACCUAAUGAGCAGAUAGCGAUUUUGAGAGAGGCAUAUGCGAAAAAUCCUAAUCCCGGUAAGAAACAAUUAGAGUAUUUGGCUGAGAAGACAGGUAGACCCUGGAAUAAGAUAAGAGAGUAUUUCAGACAGAGAAGAAAUAAGUUGAGAGGGUUGGAAGAUCUGGAGAAUAUGCAGGAACCCGGAAGAGCCAGUGGGUGGCUACAAGUAGCGUACCGUCAAGCUCCACCGACCGCUUCGAUCACUCAGCUAUCGUUAUAUAAUUCCUACAAGCACCGAUUUGAUCCUUAUUCGAUCACGACGCCGUUACUGGGAGGACAAGAAUUAAUUCAGCUAGCUUGCGCGACUUUUCCAGGAUGCGAGAUGGCAAAGGACGAAAAUGAUUAUGUGCUAAAAGGGUUGAAAGAGAAGGAAAAGGAGAAUAAUGAUAAUCAGAAUGAAAAUGGUAAUGAAGGCGAAAAUCAAGGUGAACAGGAAGAAUGGGAAAAGGGGAUGGAGGGUUUGGUAGAGCCACUGAGAGCUGGAAGUUGGUUAUUGAGCUCAUUCCAACAUCAGAAUGAUCCAAAUGCACCUUCCACUCUUACUCAAACGGAUCUGUAUACCUCAUAUGCAGCUAGAUUCGCUUCCCUCCUCAUCAGUGCCGGUCAAUCAGAAAGUACUCCUUCUCAAGAACAGUCCCAGCAACAGCCACCUCCAGCUCAAACUCAGGAAGAACAAGAUCACGAAGCGGACAUGCGGGCAUUUGAAGAAGCAGGUUUGAACGAUGGUGCCAACGAUCAAGAUCAGGAUCAAGAUCAAGAGCAAGAGCAAGAAGUGAUCGUUGAUGGAGACGGCAGUCACCAACAUCAAUCGUUAGCUUCUCUCUUACCUCUAUCUGAUCAACCCUCAUCAUCACUCGCUCCACCUCCGGUCCAACAACAGCAACAGCCAAAGAAAGAAAAUCGAUUAUUGAACCCAUUCGAAUUGAUCAAUUUGACCCGUAUGACUUUCCCCAAAUGUGAACCUGUUGUAGAUAGUUCAGGUAAAUUCGUAAUCAAGGGAUUGGAGAGAAGAUUAGGACAUAUACCCGGAUCGAGAGAGAGGGAAAGGGAAAUGUUCAAUUUCGCAUUAUAUAACGAAUCUAAACCUGGUGAAGCUUUCGUAGGGUUGAUGAAAAGGAAAUUGGGAAUGUUAAAUUCUGAUCCAAGUCCGACUUCGACCCCAAGAUCAACCACGAGGGAUGAAGAUGGAGAAAGAGAAUCAAAGAAGACAAAGAUUGAUGAGGCCAAACAAAAUGAAGAAAUGCAAGAUCGAAAUAAGAAUCAGAAUCCAAAUCAAGAUCUAUCAGAAGAAGAUAAAGAAUUGAUACAGGGUUUAAAGAGGUUUAGGAACAGUCAGUUGGGUGAUCAAGUUAGGGAUGUUUGUAUAAGUCAGUAG